AUGGUAAGAAUGUUUCAUAUGUAUUACUUAAGGAGGAGUACUCCCUACCGCCCCGAGUUGUUCUUGAAGACUCAUUUCAAAACUGUUGCUGGAAAAGGAGAAAUUGCAGCAAACAAGAGAGCAAAACAAAUUUCGGAGACGUACAACAAGAAGCUGGAUGAUUGUAGCACUCAAGGGUCACAGCCAAACCCUGAUUUGUUGUAUUGGGAGACAGUUGGUGGGAGGAACAGAGGAAAAGUGCAGGGGUUAGGUCAGGGAGAUUAUUUGUACUACAACUCUUCAUCUGGGCGAGGAGGAGAUGGCUCUUCACAACCAUAUGAGCCAUCGAUUAUUUCUCAGCUAGAGGCGCAGGUGGAGGCCAAGGUCGCUGCACGGAUGGUAGAAGUGGAGGCAAAGGUUGCAGCACGUCUGGAAGAGUCAAACCGGGCCCUCGUGUGCAGGAAAUGA